AUAGAGCAAGGGGAUAAGAUGCGAGCAGACGGCGACCAAUACAUCAUGGACGACCAUUAUGCUGUUGAUAGUAUAAGACCAAAAUGUAUAGAGUUACAGAGAAUGUGCGAACAGUAUCGACAGCUUCUGAGAAGACGGCGAGAAAUAUUAAACAAGUCACAUGAGCUACAAGAGAGAAUUGAAAAGGCGAGUAAGUGGUGUUCUAGUGGUAUGGAUAUGCUGACAAGUCAGAUGGAGGGAUGUAACACCCCUGAGAGUAUCCGUAAAGCAAUCGAUGAUAUAGAUAAAUUUGUUGCUACUUCCAAAGAUCUAAAACUGAACAAUCCUAAAGAGUUCAGACAACUCUUUGACAGUGUGAUCACUUCAGAUACAAGGGCAACUGUUCAAAAAACACUGAAAAAGAUUGAGGAUGUUCAGACAAUGUGUAGUAAGAGAAAAGCUGACCUGCAGUCCCAGGCUCGAGCCCAGCCAGUGCAUCACCCCGCGCAGCCUGACCUGGUCACGGCAUCUUCAAGAGGUCAGACAACAGUACCAGAGUAUGACCUGCGUAAGAAACAGGGCGGUCACAGGGACCGGCAUCGGAAAGAUAGUAAAGAUACAACCAAGAAGACAGCUCCAGUCCCGUCUGUAGAAAAAUCUGCAAGGAUACGGGUAGAUAUAGGGCCACCCCAGCCUCACCUUCAGCCCCGCUCCACACAUUAUGGAUCAACAAGCACCUGCAGCAGUAUGUCAACCGCAGACAGUAUGGACGGGGCGCGUAACUCUCUCGCCUCCACAUCCACUACCUCUGGGUCAAGUUGUGUCUCAGAACAAAUGCUAGAAAGUUUACAGGAAAAAAGACAACAUGUGUUAAAUGAGUUGAUAGAGACAGAGAAGACCUAUGUACAGCAGCUGCAUGAUAUACUUAGGGGGUAUUACUGCGAGAUGGAUAACCGAACUAUGCAACAUUUAAUACCAGAUGAGCUAAGCUCUAAAAAAGAUAUCUUGUUUGCAAACCUUGAUCAAAUAUACAAAUUUCACCAUGAUGUGUUCCUCAAAGACUUACAAAGUUGUGCAGACUGUCCUACAAAACUAGGAAAAUGUUUUGUCAGUAGGAAAGACGAGUUUCAAAUGUACAGUAUAUAUUGUCAAAACAAGCCACGAUCUGAAGAAUUAAGGACCCGAAUAGGGGACAGCAAUCCUUUCUUCAAGGAGUGCCAGAGGAAACUAGGCCACAAACUGCCACUAGGAGCUUUUUUACUUAAACCUGUACAGAGGAUCACCAAAUACCAACUUCUGUUAAAGGAGAUGUUAAAGUAUACAAAAGAUGAUAAGGUGUGUCAGCAACAACUAGAAGAAUCGUUGAACACAAUGCUAGAGGUUGUCAGAAUUGUUAACAACAGCAUGUAUGAAGUCUCCAUCGUUGGGUUUCCUGGCAACUUAGCAGACCUAGGCAAGCUGUUGAUGCAGGGCAACUUCAACUGUAGCACAGAGCACAAACAUGAGAAAAUACGGGAUAUACGCUUUAAACCAAUGCAUAGACAUUUAUUCUUGUACGAGAAGGCUAUACUUAUGUGUAAAAGAAAAGAAGAUGCUCAAAAUGGGGAUAGAGAUGUGUAUAGCUUCAAAAAUAUGCUCAGAUGUAACCAAGUAGGGUUAACAGAGAACAUAAAGGGAGAUAGGAAGAAGUUUGAGUUGUGGUUAAGGGGACGAGAAGAGGUUUAUAUUGUACAGUCUCCUAGUCUAGAUGUGAAAGAAUUCUGGGUAAAAGAAAUAAAGAAGGUGUUGAUGAAUCAGUUUGAUGAAAUACGUGUAAAUAAGUUGAAUCUCAUCCAACGUUCGUCUGAGGACCUGCCGCGGUCCGGCAGCGACAGUGGUAUGGAGAGCUGGCGACAUCGGCAGGGAUCUGGUAACAACUGUUCGUCAACAGUUCCGGUUGGACUGACCAUGAUGUCACCAGUGACUCCACCAGAUCCGAGGUUGCAGACGGACCAGUGGUCAGAUGAUGAUUAUACUGACUCUGAGCCGGAAACAGAGCGCAGACCAAAUCAACACACAUCUCCGUUGGAGCCCUCAUAUUUACAGCAGUUUGUUGCAAUUGCGGACUACGUUCCCGUUGAUGACGUAGAAAUGGGUUUACGAGAAGGAGAUGUUGUGGAAAUUCUCCGCACAGGAACCACGGGCUGGUGGCUAGCACAUCAUAUGACUACCAAUGAUGAAGGCUGGGUACCAUCAACUUACCUGGAUCCAGUGCCAAACACAGGAUCACGGUCCCUGGCUUCAAUGUCAAGUAUAGGAUCUGGCAGCCAGCCCAGUCAAACAAGUCACUCCAGCAUGACCAGUGGAUAUAGUGCAACUAGUCCUGUAGAUGAGAGUACAAUUUAACCACAUCACAAUUUAACCAUACAGUGCAAUCUCGAUAGGGCAACACUUCUGUGGAAACUGAACAUUUUGUUUGUUACUUGAAAGAUACUGCUAUGCUACUAACAAGCUUGUCUAAUUGGAAAGAAAGUACCUGCUUAUGAAUGAUGUUACAGGCUGUUCAUGAUGACUGGAAAUAUAAGCUGUUCAGAGGUGUUGUAAACAGAAGUUUUACCAUCCAUUCAUUUGUUUUUUGACUGAUAAAUACUCACAAUUUUAUCAUGUCUGGCUAACUGAUAAAUUUAUGGACACAAAAAAAAAUCACCAACAAAAUAUUAAUAAUAUCGACUAACUGUUGAAAUUGUUUUGGAGUAUGCAGAUGAUGUGUUUUAAAUAGAAUACAGGCAGUAAUGCAGCAUGUUGAUAGGAGCCCAUGCCAAGGAUUAGAAAACAUGUGUUUUGAGACCAGUGUAAAAGCUCUAUCAUUUGAUUGGUUGAUUUUAAGCUUAGUCUUGAAAUUGACCAAUGGCAAUGUAGCAGUUUAAGACUUGUCCCUAAACACAAUUUUGUAACCUUGCAAUGGAAAGAUGUUGUUAUUGUUAAAGAUAUGCUGGAUAUUUUUAAAGGAAUAUUUGAUAAAUUUUCAUCUGGGAGAUAUAACUUGGGUGUAUGAUUAGUGUAAUUUCAUAUAAGCAGAUAAUAAAUCUGAGUUGAAUACAAUAUUUCGCUGAGGUAGGUAGGAAUAUGAGCCGCGCCAUAAGAAAACCAACAUAGUGUAUUUGCGACCAGCGUGGACCCAGACCAGCCUGCAUAUCCAUGCAGUCUGGUCAGGAUCCAUGCUGUUCCCUUUCAGAGCCUUU